CUGCACUACGGGACCCUCCUGGGCAGCAGAGCUUGUGCCCACAUGGCAGCAGCUGCCUGGGCCAGUGCCUUUCUCUAUUCACUGAUACACACAGCCAAUACAUUUUCCCUGCCUCUGUGCCAUGGCAAUGCCCUGGGUCAGUUCUUCUGUGAAAUCCCACAGAUCCUCAAGCUCUCCUGCUCCAAAUCCUACCUCAGGGAAUUUUGGCUCAUUGUGUUUUCCAUUUCUUUACUAUUUGGUUGUUUUGUGUUCAUGGUUUUCUCCUAUGUGCAGAUUUUCAGGGCUGUGCUGAGGAUCCCCUCUGAGCAGGGACGGCACAAAGCCUUUUCCACCUGCCUCCCUCACCUGGCUGUGGUCUCCCUCUUUGUCAGCACUGGGUUUUUUGCCUACCUGAAGCCCCCCUCCAUCUCCUCCCCAUCCCUGGAUCUGGCCCUGUCAGUUCUGUACUCAGUGGUGCCUCCACAGAUCCACACUCACACCCAGCUUGGUGUCAUCUGUGAAUUUUCUGAUGCUGGACUCAGUCCCCGCAUGCAGAUCGUCAAUGCAGAUAUUGAAAUCCACGCUGGCUGGCUCUGA